ACUUCACAAUGUUUGUGGUUGAUGGUUAAAAACAGAGGUGUUUUAAAAACUGUGGCAUCAAAGACCUUUAGCAAACAAGUGGAGAGUUUAUGUCUCUUUGUGUUCAGACUAUUUCGCCAAACAAGAUGCUGCGGAGUAUCGUCCUGAUUGCCCUGCUAAUAUCCUCAGUUUGUGCUCUUCACUGGGAAAUGCACAAAGAAGAGUCAACUGUAAAUGAACGUGAAGAAAGCUCUGGUGAGAUACCAACAGAACAACUACCUGGAGUGUGUUGGGCCUGCAAGUGGGCAAUGAAGAAGCUGAAAAGACGGAUCUCCAAUGGAGCAACUCCGGAGGACAUUAAAACAAAGCUGGGGAUGGUCUGUGAUGAGAUCGGCUUCCUAAAGUCACUGUGUAGGAAGCUUGUGAACAAGUAUACAGACACCCUGAUCGAAGAACUUUCAACUACUGAUGACCCCAGAACCAUCUGUGUUAACAUUGGUGUUUGCAAGAAAUAGGUGUUUAUGAAGUUGAAGAAUCCUAUUUAGUUUGAUAAAUUAUAGAAAUGCAUAAGGCUUUUUUGUUUUUGAAGGGCUUCUCACACGCUUAACCUCACUUUUAACCCUGGGUAAAGAAACGUUUCACACUUUUUACGCAUAAAAACCCUGCUCCACAGCAAGUUUGCCAUUGCAUUUUUGGUGUUAA